UAUACGAUUGACAGAUUAGUAAUGACACGACUGGCAGCACAUCUAACUCGUUAAAGUAGUUAAUCGACAGCAUUCACGAGCUGAUCCCUAGCAUAAUCCUUUUUUUUAAGAGACUCGCAUCUGGUUCAUUAGAACGAGGGAUUGGCUCGUGCGUGUUUGAUUGAUGGUGUAAUGAUCGGUACAGUGAACUCUAGUGAACGUCUCGAGCCCAAGGCACCUGUGGCUGUGCCUGUCAGUUGUAAACAAUAAAAUAACAACGCGAUUCGAUAUGGAAGGAGGCGUGUUAGAAAGUCCAGAUACCACUCUGGACAGAUCCGACGAUGAAAUCGCCUUACAAGGAUUCUGCAGCCCUAAAAAGCUACCGUACAGAUUUCUAGGACUAGCGCUUAUGUGCUUCUUAGGUUUUGGUCCGUACUUCUGCUUUGACAAUCCUAGCGCACUCCAAGAUAAUUUUAGGAGCGAUUUGGCGAUGUCAACUUCUAAAUUCGUUCUACUUUAUUCAAUAUAUUCGUGGCCAAAUGUGAUUUUUUGUUUCAUCGGAGGAUUUUUAUUGGACAGUGUCUUCGGAAUACGUUUAGGAACAAUUAUAUAUAUGGGACUCGCAUUAGUUGGACAAAUCAUAUUUGCAACAGGAGCUAUGAUUAACGCUUUUUGGCUUAUGAUGAUUGGUCGAUUUGUAUUUGGUAUUGGUACAGAAUCGUUGGCUGUUGCUCAGAAUAGUUAUGCAGUCUUGUGGUUCAAAGGAAAAGAAUUGAACAUGGUAUUCGGUUUACAAUUAAGCUUUGCAAGAGUUGGCUCAACUGUAAACUUUUUGGUCAUGGAACCAAUUUAUACUUUCGUGUCCCAGUAUUACAAAGGACCAGAAUGUAUCGGUGUAGUACUUUUCCUUGCUACUUUCACUAUGGUGGGUUCUAUGAUUUGUGCCUGUGUAGUAGGUAUUAUGGAUAAGCGCGCAGAGAGAUUAUUGAGAAGAGGCGAAGGGGAAGAAGCCCAGGUUGUUAGUCUAACAGACAUUAAGGAUUUUAGGCUUAUAUUUUGGUUAGUCGCUCUCAUCUGCAUUGCUUAUUACGUCGCGAUAUUUCCAUUUAUCGCCUUAGGAAAGGUCUUCUUCGAACGAAAAUACGCAUUUGAUCCAGCAAAUGCGAACAAAGUUAACUCUCUCGUAUAUUCUAUAUCAGCUAUCGCAUCCCCUAUUUUCGGAUAUCUUGUUGAUAGAACUGGAAAGAAUGUUACUUGGGUAUUUAUGAGUAUUCUUGUAACUAUGGUGGCUCAUGGAUUACUUGCAUUCACAUAUGUGAAUCCUUAUGUGUGCAUGAUUCUAAUGGGAUUAGCAUAUUCGAUGCUUGCCAGUAGUUUGUGGCCAUUAAUCGCUCUUGUCACCCCAGAAUAUCAGCUUGGUACUGCUUACGGAAUAGCCCAGUCUGUACAAAAUCUAGGUUUGGCUGUAGUUACAAUUUUAACUGGAAUAAUUGUGGACCGAGGUGGAUAUUUCAUGCUUGAAAUGUUUUUCUUGGGUUGGCUAUGGAUUUCGUUACUGACCGCUGUUGCAAUUUGGAUGUCAGAUGUAGCCACGAGUGGCGGUUAUCUAAAUAUGACACCAGGUCAAAGAGAUAAAUACCAGGAAAUUCGACAGACACCCGAAAGUCUCGAGAGGGCAAAAUUACUAUCUCCAGAGUCUACUUCAGAUUUAUCGACUGACGAUCUUCUACAGCCGCAGUCCGACACUAGUAUCAGAAAUCGUUACCUUUCUCGUAUUGGUGCAAUGAUACCUCCUUGUGCGAAAGCACCGAUCCAUCGACCGUUACGAUGAUUACGCAUUCCAUUUAGCGACAAAUUCGAAAUAUAGAUAGUUAUCUUCGUUUAAAGUAUAAUUAAAAAAUUUGCUCACUGUGUCUUCCUCUUACACGGCGUUAAUCUGUGAUAAUUUCUUAAUGUAUACAUUUAAAACCAACUAUAAUUCAUUUUUAAUUGGUCGACAAGCAGAUUUUUUUAUUAAUAGACUAAUCUGCCGACAAAUGACAAAUAACAGAGAUAUUUGUUUUACAUUAACUGUAGUAGUAAAGUUUAAUAAUGAUAAUAAUAACGCAAUUUGACUAAUCAUUGCGAAGGAACAAGUUCAUAAUAUAAAUAAAUUAAGAAUUAUUUUCUACCUCCUGUUGGAACAAAAAAAAAAAAAAGAAAA